ACAACCAUCCUGAACAAACAUCUCCAGAAACUGAUGGAUGGUUUGACUGCCAAAGUGUUCAGAACCUACAACGCUUCCAUCACCCUGCAGGAGCAGCUCAAGGCCCUCACUAACUCUGAGGACAGCGUUGCAGGAAAGCUCCUCUCCUACAACCGAGCCAACCGAGCCGUGGCCAUCCUGUGCAACCACCAGAGGGCUACACCAAAAACCUUUGAGAAAUCGAUGCAAAUCCUCCAGACGAAGAUUGAUGCCAAGAAGCAGCAGGUGGAGGAAGCCCAGCAAGAGCUGGCAAAAGCUGAAGAGGAGUUUGAAGACACAAAAGAUGCCAAAGCAGAAGCCAACGUGGAGAAGAAAAAGAAGCUGUUGAAGAGGCUGGAAGAGCAGCUGGCCAAGCUCAACGUCCAGGCUACGGAUAAGGAGGAGAACAAGCAGAUAGCUCUGGGCACGUCCAAGCUGAACUACCUGGACCCCAGGAUCAGCAUAGCUUGGUGCAAGAAGUUUGGUGUGCCCAUUGAGAAGAUCUACAACAAGACUCAGAGGGAGAAGUUCGCCUGGGCCAUCGACAUGACUGAUGAGGACUUUGAAUUCUGA